AAACGGGAUGGUGAAAGCGUCGCAGUGACAGAUGAGUUUUACACACGAAUUUGUUUAUUAUUAAAUUUUCGCAGAAAAGCCGUGAAAAAUGCCAGGAAAUUGGCAAAAUUGGUGCAGGUUUUGUGCUAAAAGUGAUUUUACUGAAGAAGACAAUGCGUAUGAAGUCGAAUCAUUUGAAAAUCAGCUACAAAUCAUCAACAAUUGCUUCAAGAUUUCGCUAAGGCCCUUGGCAGGAAUUCGGCCUUUGGUUUGCGGAGAAUGUUGUGGCUUCUUAGCGAAAUUGGGCAGCUUCAGAGACCGUUGUGUGAAAACGGAUGAGAUGUUCAGGGACAUAAUGCAGAGCAGUAUUCAAGAUCUCGAUCUUCAAUCAAUUAGACUGAAACACCAGAUUGAUCAAGAGAAAAUUCAAUUCAAGGCAGAAAUUGCGGAGAUUGUCGACGAUGAUGUUAUUGUCAUUAAACAAGAAAUAAGUACAGAAGACCUUACAGUAGAAGACUCACACAAAAGAUCCAAAAAGGAAAAGAAGAAAGAGAAGAAAAGGAAGAGGAAGGCAUCUCCGGAACGUGAUGAGCAAGCUGAUCCUAAGAAUAAACUCUUUAUUGUGUCGUACAAUGAAGAGAAGUCCUAUAUCGCUGUAACAUACAAAGGAAAAGACGUACAAUACGAUGACUUCGUAGUAAAAGCGUGCUCACACUUGGACCUUAAGGACAUCUCGAUUUAUGAUCAUAAUGAUAUUAAAAUUGAUCGAGAUGCAUUCGUUUACGUUUUCAAAAACCAUCCUCCGCAGUAUGUUGUGAUCAAGUCAAAAGAGACAUCCAAAAUGAAUCCAAUAAACGUACGCAUAAGCGCAACAGCAAGCAACAGCAAUAGUAAUGAGACUAUUCUUAAUCCAUCGUGCCGUCAAAUUCAUUCAGCAUCUCAGGUUCCUUUGCCUGCUAAUAAGGAAUAUAUUGUGCAAUCAUUCACAAUUUCGGAUCAGUCUACGGAUUCACAGGAAUUGGAAAUUGGUGAUACGAUUAUUGUGAAACAGGAAGAGUGUGAAAAGGAAGCACUCAAUAAAAUUCGCAGGGACAGAUUUUAUACAGCACAAAAUGGAGAAUCUUCCACAGACAGCAUGAGUUCAAGAAUAGCAAAUGGAGUUCCGGCUGAUGGUAUGAAUUUUUUGGAGGAGCUUCCUGAUGAUACAUUUAUCCAACCUACACCUAUGAAUUCUAUCCUACAUCAAAACUGGGAAGAUUGGACAAAGGACAUUGGACUUUAUUCCCAACUUAAUGAUUCAUCAAAUAUGAGUAUGGGAAAUAAUUCGAGUUUGCCUCUAGCAAAUUUUGGAAGUAUGUAUUCGCUGAAUAUUCAACUCAGGGACAUUCUGAAAUGUCCUGAUGGAAGAAAAAUCAUUCAGUUCUAUGCGGCACGUGGAAGUCUUGAUCGUACCAGAAGGGACAGUUUGAUCAAACUUAUUCUAGAUUAUGCUGAUAGGCACAACAUGCGUCUAUCUUGCAAGAUUCUAGAGUCGAUUUCUGAAGAAAUUCAAGACAUAUUUCCUUCGGAAGUUAAGGAAUAUUAUUAUUCGCCAAAAGGUAAAUUUCAGAAGUUCUAUGGUGGUUUGCUGUAUGCACGCUAUCAUAACAGAAAAAGACCUGCUGCUAAGAGAAAGAGAGAACCGGAAAAUAUAACUAUACAGCAGAUACAGCAUAAUCCUGAAUCUCAAAAUAUGCAGGAGCUUUUGGCUAUCAAAGAACGACUGAGAUCCACAGAAAUCACUGAAAUCUCACCUGAAAUCCAGUCAAUGUGGACAGCAACGAGUUCUUUGCGGAAGAAAGAACUUCAGGCUAAUAAAGAAAUAUUCAACGAGUGGCCAUUAUAUACUCAUAGCCAUGGCUAUGUUUUUAUUUCCGAGGAUUUUUGCAAUUGGUAUCCUAAUGCCGAAUCAUUGGAUAGCAAAUGGUCAGUAUUUUUCAAAAAAAUCGUUCCUAUCCUGCAAAUGCAAGUCAAAGAUCGUCAGAAUAGACAAAUGUUGGACGAUGUCAUUGCCUGUGUUGAAGGUGAAGAAACCAGACAAUGCUCAAUUAUAAAAAUUUUGCAUUCUGUAUUGAAACCUCGAUGCUUCGUCAAAAAAACCGAUCCUACAGAUCCUACCAAAAUCAAAUACAUCAAGCCAACCAUUGCUGAUGCUCAGGAAAAUAUGCUGAUCACUCUUCAUAGUGAAAAUGAAUACCAAUUGCGUUUAGAUGCUUUUGUAAAAUACUUGCAAGAAACUGGUAGAUCCUUCCAUCCUAUCAUAUUUCGCAUUAUUGGGAUAGGAUAUAAGGUUUUCUGCCAUGGAGAGAUUCAAUUUCAUGUUCAGACCUUGAAGGAAGCUAUCGAUAUCUGCUUCAAGUCAUUCCACGUGCUUCAUGGUGGGCAAUACCCUAUAGAAUCUGAGAUAGUCUGGUUCUUCAUCCAGACGUAUUUCUAUGAGAUCAAAACUAUCAAUGAUGCACGAGUCAUUGGCAGUUGUGUGGAUAUUGUCAAUCAAUUGAAAAUGGGAAUCGAAUCAUAAGAUAGAAUACAUUAUCAGUGUAAGUUCUUGAAUAAAAUGUAAUAUAUGUAUGAAAA